AUGGGGACCUUCAUCACAGACCGGUUGCAACACCUAAACAACGACCUCGUACAGCUCUUCCACCUCGACAGCCAGCCGCUCAUCGACAACCACCACCGCCACCACCGUCAAAUAAACCCACGCAGCUCCCCAGGCACCGACAGAGCCAGCACCACCACCAAAGAAUCCAACACCAUCACCAAACAACAGCAGGAUGAUGAUACCGUCACUGAAGAAUCGAAUCUGGCUCUCUUGAGGGAUCUUCGAGCAUCUAUUGAAGCCAUUGAUCUUCGUUCAGGCGACCUUCCGCCCCUAGAACGCGUAUUCCUCGAGAUCGAAAAGGUCGAGGGAUUGUUCGCAGCCGCUUCUGAGUGUCGUCAGACAGCCGAGGUCUCGAAGUUGGAGCACCUCUUUGUGGCAAAGUGCACAGUGGCAGUGUACCUGGGUCUGUUGAAUGUUAUCUUGAAUGCAACGUUGCCCCUGGCCAGCGAGAUCAAUUACUGGCAGUCGUUGCUUGAUAACCAACCGUGGAGAUUGCUUUAUAUUGUUCAGACCUCGCCACACCGGCUCUUCAACUUGACAAGAUCCGUGAUUGCCUCCGCACGCGAGCAUAUCGACUCUUUGAUCGGCCCAAUCCAAGAAGCAGACCGUAAAAACCAUCUUUUGCAGCUGCUCCAGUACUUCCCAACCUUCCUCAACAAGCACAUUAUCUCUCAGCAAGUCUCUUUUCCAGUCGCUAUCCACUACGAGAUCACGAGCCACCGCAAGCAGCUGCAGCGGAUCAAAGAAUACCAAGCAGAAUGCCUUGGACUACUUGCAGAACAGGGUCUGAAUCUCGAUCCGGAACACUUUGAGGACUCGUUUUCUGCGUCAUCCCCAUCUUCUUCUAGUUCAAUCAUCGACGUGGAAAACUCGGAGCAUGCGGAGAAAUUUGUUCAGGAACAAAUCUCAAAGACCGUUUGCCUCAUGGAGCGCGUGCUCGACAAGGCUUCCAAGGAUACGCGUCACCUUACGGACCCUCAUCAACAGAAGGUUCCUUCUCGACACGCGGCUCGAUCUCUGACGAUCCUUGGCAACCUUCAGGACGUUUCCAAUCUGAGCAACGACGAGACUAUGAGCCGUUUAAAGAAGCUGAUCCAGGUGUAUAUCCCUCGCUAUGUGGAUCAGACCGAGAGCCAAGCGCAACAGUUUUUUCGUCCAUCGUGGUUGACCCGGAUCUGGAUCCCGGUAUUGAUCGGAUACUUUGGGCUGAAGUAUGGAAUUCAGUAUAUCAGCGAACAUCGCGCGGAUCUGGACAGGAUGCUCGAGGAAGCGUGGGAUACUGCCAGACGGUUCGUCUCAGAUUGGGUGUGGGAGCCCUCGAUGAGGAUUAUGGCUAUUAUUCGACACACGGACGACCAAGGCUCGCUGCAGAUGCUCGGUAACGAGAGUCUCAAGUCAGAUAUUGCCAGCCUUGAGCGCAUGGUGCUUGAUUUUGGGAAGGAACACUACCGCCUCGGAGCUGAUGAUCUCCAGUCGCUCUCCCAGGCUGUGCAUAAUGGCGAUAUUUCGAUGAUCAUGCGUGCGUACGAGCAGGAGCUCAAGACCCCACUAAAGGGCGCCAUUGUAGGAAACCUAGUCCAAACGCUCCUGAUCCAGGUCCAAAAGACAAAGGUGGACGUGGAGGUCGCCAUGGCAGCACUAGACAAGCUAUUGAAGGCGAACGAACUCAACUUUGCGUUCCUGGCUGUCGGUCCCAGUUUGCUGCUCUUGUGGGCCAUCUCUUCAAAGGCCAAGAGCACCUGGCAACGGAUGGCAGGUCGCAACUUGGGCGUGGUAUCGCUCCAGAUGAGGAACUCGUUAAGACAGGUCGAGCGAUUGUUGAACUUAGCUUCCGCUUCAGGCGAUGGGCACCCCAAGGCACAGGAGACAAUACGUGUUGCGCUGCGUCAGGAUCAAGGUAACAGUCAACAAGAAAGUGAACUAAGACUUUCAGAGGAAUACGAUGACUUGUCGUCAAGUUCUGCCACCGCGCCCACGACUGAAUCAGCAUCACUGUCGUUGACGCCAUCAGCGGAGCCACUGUCAAACACAUUGCAGAUGGCCACGGAAAGACUGUCGAGGAUGAGGGCCAAGAAAGGCAUGGUUCCAUACAAAACCCAAGGCUUGAUCUUGUGCGAGGUGCACCUGCUUCGAACGUUUGCUGCUCGACUGACACGACAGGAGGGCCUGCGGGAUAAGGUCAUGGAGGAUCUGCGCGAGAUCGAAGAGAGUUCAUUGACAGUUCACCAACGUCUCAGAACGACCAAGCGCAUGUAUAGAACGUAUGGGUUCCUGGGAUUGCACCAUUGA